AUGGACGACGCCAAACGAGCGAGAUCGUUGUUCUUUUCUCAUGGACUUGGCCCAUACGUUCUUAUGGGGAACGACCAUCAAAAGCCCUUGAUUUAUGUUUUGCAAUCCAACGCUUAUAUUCUUGAUAACGCUCGCGGCAUUAUUUUAUUCACUGCCCACUGGGAAGCUUCGCAGCCCCAUAUAUCUGCAGGGCAAACCCCUCAGAUAUAUUAUGACUAUGCUGGUGCCCCUGGACUCCCACAAGAGGCAUACGAAUACAGAUACCCUGCACCGGGAAACCCAGACCUUGCCGCUCGAAUUGCACAGACCUUAGAAGGUGCUGGUUUUCAACCAGUGCUGGGUACGACAAGAGGCUGGGACCACGGGCUAUUUGUGCCUUUGCUCGUUAUGCGGCCGCAAGCAGACUUGCCUGUCGUCCAGAUGAGCAUUCUUAAAGGUGUAUGUGACGAGGAUGCUGCAGAGCGAAAUCUGAGAUAUGGUGCUGCCAUGAAAUAA